UGUCUUUACAUGUUUACUUUACAUGUAUCUGUCUAGUGUCUACUUGUUAGAGUCGACCUAUUUGCAUGUACCUACUUUUGAAUUUUUUUAUUACACCGAGCCAAUGUUAAGUCAUGGACACGAACGCUUAUUAUAGACAUUUCGAUUUGGAAUCAAUUAAUGUCACAUUACGAUUUUGCCAACAAGAAUAUGGAGAUGUCAACUGUGUCGUGUGGGACGCGUCCAUAGUGUUGGCCAAGUAUUUAGAAACUUUGUUCCUGAAGAACAAUAAAACAUUCGAAUCUAAGAGAGUGAUUGAAUUGGGUUCAGGAUUAGGGUGCGUUGGCCUGACUGCUGCAUGCUUCGGUGCAAAUGUCAAACUGACAGAUUUACCAGAAAAUUUACAGCAAUUAAAACAAAAUGUUGAUGAAAACACAUCUUGGUUAAAAGGUAGUGUUGAAACUGUUGCAUUAAAAUGGGGCACCACAUUUGAGUCAGAGCCAUUUGAUUAUUUGUUGAUGGCAGAUUGCAUUUAUUAUCCAGAAGUAGUGGAGGCAUUGGUGAAAACUAUGACUGAGUUGACUGCACCUAACACAGUAAUAUUAAUAUGCCAAGAACUUAGAGAAACUGAAAAACAAAAAAGCACAUGGAAAAUGUUUUUAAACUUAUUGGUUGAACACUUUGAGGUAUCAUAUGUUCCGGAAGAAGAACAACAUCCAAUUUUUAGGAGUUCUGAUAUAAUAUUAAUUAACGCAAAAAAAAAAUUAUAGUGAAAUAAUCGUUUAAUAUAAGCAAAAUCUUUGACUGAUCUUAAUA